AUGGCAUCAUUAGACCCAGAGGCCGCUUCGGCCGGAGCGCAGCAUGACCGACUGAGUGUAAGCGGCGCGCCUGGUGAUGUGUCCGAUGCGCCCACCGAAGCUGGCAACAGCAGCGCUGCUGGUAGGCACAGUAAGAUCUCAAUUGCCGACAGCCUGCCGAUUCCUCCGACGCCACCGAUACCAACCGGUCCGACCCCCAAAAAAGCAGCGUCCAAAACGAAGCGGUCUCGAUGGGCCACGCGCAAGAUGACGAUUAAGAGCAGCAACAAGAAGCGCAUGUCCAUCAUCGGACGCGCGAACAACAAGUCAACUGCUCACGACAAACGUAUCUCUGCUGGUUCUGGGACUCUCCGCCACGACGACGACGACGGAGAGGCCGACGACGACGACGACGCCCCAGAUGCCCCAGAUGACCAGGAGCACGAUGGCCCCGGCCCGAGAAACCUGUACUUCAAUAUCCCUCUGCCCGAGGACCAGAAGGACGAGGAUGGCCUGCCAGUCCAGUCGUAUGCGCGGAACAAGAUCCGGACCGCAAAGUACACGCCCCUGUCUUUUGUUCCCAAGAAUUUGUACUGGCAAUUCCAGGCCAUUGCCAACAUGUUCUUCCUCUUCCUCGUCAUUCUCACUAUUUUCCCCAUUUUCGGUGGUUCGAAUCCGGGACUGAACGCCGUUCCUUUGAUAGCAAUUGUCGUGAUCACUGCUAUCCGAGAUGCUGUCGAAGAUGUUCGCCGAACCCUUUCGGAUAAGACUUUGAACAACUCGCCUGUGUACCGCCUUGUGGGAUAUGAUAACGUCAAUGUACGCGAGGAUAGCGUAUCGCCUUGGCGCAAAGUGAAGAAGGCUACUUCGCGCUUCAUCUCGGCCAUGUGGCACUCGACGGAACGCUUGUGGAAGAAGGAUACCAAGAAGAACAGGCCUGUCUCCUUCGGCAAUGAGAACGAUCCGCGCAUGUCCAUCGAGACUCGCCGUACGCGUCCUGAGACCAUGCUGUCUCCGUAUACCGACCGCACAUCAUACGUAUCUGCCCACGAGGAUAUUCCGAUGACGCCUGUGCCGUCUCCGUCACCACGCCACCCGCCAGCACAGAUGCAGGACAUGCUAUCUCCGGGGCAAGACGCCAACGCCAACCGCCCGAUCUCUGCGUUCUCCUUCGUACCCGGCAAGGACGGCAAGGAGGCUUUUAACUUGCGCAAUGUUACGACUGAUGUGAUCAACCACGACCUCAUCCCGACUGGCGAUGCUCGCUUUCACCGCAGUGCCUGGAAGGACCUACAAGUGGGCGACUAUGUGCGUAUUUUCAACGACGACGAAUUGCCCGCCGAUGUUGUCAUUCUUGCUACCUCUGAUCCGGAUGGCGCCUGCUAUAUCGAAACCAAGAACUUGGAUGGCGAGACGAACCUGAAAUUCCGCCAGGCCCUCCGCUGUGGUCGCAACAUCAAGCACGCGCGUGACUGUGAACGUGCUCAGUUUUACAUUGAAAGCGAACCGCCGCAUGCCAACCUGUACAAGUACAGUGGGGCUAUUCGCUGGUCCCAGCAGUUCGAAAACGACCCGCUUGGGAAGCCUCGCGAGAUGUCCGAGCCAAUUACCAUUGACAAUGUUCUGCUGCGCGGCUGCAACCUGCGAAACACCGAGUGGGCUUUGGGCGUCGUCUUGUUUACUGGACAUGACACCAAGAUCAUGAUGAACGCUGGCGAGACUCCUAGUAAGCGCGCCCGUGUUGCUCGUGAGCUGAACUUCAACGUCAUUUGCAAUUUCGUUGUGCUCUUCGUCAUCUGCCUGGUUGCCGCCAUCGACAACGGCGUCUCAUGGGCCAAGACGGACGCCUCGCUGAACUUUUUCGACAUGGGCCCAUAUGGAGGUACUGCGCCUCUGGCCGGUUUCGUUACGUUCUGGGCUGCUGUCAUUCUGUUCCAGAACUUGGUGCCUAUCUCGCUGUACAUCUCGCUGGAAAUCGUCCGAACGCUGCAAGCGGUAUUUAUUUACAGCGAUGUGGAGAUGUACUACGACGUGAUCGACCAGCCCUGCAUUCCCAAGUCAUGGAACAUUUCCGACGACGUCGGCCAGAUCGAGUACAUCUUUUCGGACAAGACCGGCACCUUGACUCAAAACGUUAUGGAAUUUAAAAAGGCAACCAUUAACGGCCAGCCGUACGGCGAGGCAUAUACUGAAGCCCAGGCUGGUAUGCGGAAGCGUCUGGGUAUUGACGUGGUUGCGGAAGCUGCACGCGCCCGCGCCGAUAUUGCUGAUGCCAAGGUUCGUGCAUUGGCUGGACUCCGGUCGCUGCACGACAACCCAUUCCUACACGACGAGGAUGUGACUUUCAUUGCUCCCGAUUUCGUCGACGAUAUCUCCGGCAAGCACGGCCCUGAGCAGCAGGCGGCGAAUGAGCGCUUCAUGCUUGCCCUCGCUCUCUGCCACACUGUCCUCUCUGAGAAGCAACCCGGAUCUCCGCCUCGCAUUAUUUUCAAGGCACAGUCGCCCGACGAGGCUGCUCUGGUUUCCACGGCUCGCGAUAUGGGCUUCACCGUCCUCGGCAACACUGGCGAUGGCAUCCGGCUGAACGUCAUGGGCGAGGAGCGCUACUAUCCUGUAUUGACGACGAUCGAGUUCAAUUCGACGCGUAAGCGGAUGACGGCUAUCGUGCGGAUGCCAGACAACCAAAUUGUGCUUUUCUGCAAGGGCGCCGACAGUAUCAUCUACUCCCGACUCAAGCGCGGCGAGCAGGCCGAGUUACGCAAGACCACGGCUGAACACCUGGAAAUGUUUGCGCGCGAGGGUCUGCGUACUCUCUGCAUUGCACAACGGAUCCUGACCGAGGAAGAAUACUAUGCUUGGCGCAAGAUUCACGACGCUGCCGCCACUGCCCUCGACGACCGCGAGGAGAAGAUGGAAGAGGCGGCGGAGCUGAUUGAACAGGAUCUGUCUCUGAUUGGUGGCACGGCCAUCGAGGACCGUCUGCAGGACGGCGUCCCCGACACGAUUGCGCUGCUGGCUGAGGCUGGUAUCAAGCUUUGGGUUCUGACUGGUGACAAGGUGGAGACGGCUAUCAACAUUGGUUUCUCGUGCAACCUGCUGAACAACGACAUGGAGCUGAUCCAUCUCAAGGUGGACGAGGACGAGUCCGGCAAGACACUAGACGGCGAGUUCAUGAAGCAAGUGGAGGCCGAACUAGACCGCUACCUGCAGAUUUUCAAUAUGACGGGUGGCGCUGAGGACCUGGCGGCGGCAAAGGCAAAUCACGAGCCGCCAGCACCGACCCACGCGAUCGUGAUUGACGGUUUUACGUUGCGGUGGGUGCUGUCUGACAGCCUGAGCCAGAAGUUCCUGCUGCUGUGCAAGCAGUGCAAGUCUGUGCUCUGCUGUCGUGUCAGUCCGGCGCAGAAGGCGGCCGUUUGUGGCUUGGUCAAGAACGGUCUCGACGUGAUGACGCUGUCUAUCGGUGACGGAGCCAACGACGUGGCUAUGAUCCAGGAGGCCGACGUCGGCGUGGGUAUCGCCGGUGUGGAAGGCCGUCAAGCCGUCAUGUCCUCGGACUAUGCUAUCGGACAGUUCCGCUUCCUGCAGCGGCUGGUGCUGGUUCACGGACGCUGGUCCUACCGGCGGAUGGGCGAGGCGAUUGCCAACUUCUUCUACAAGAACAUCAUCUGGGUGUUCUCCAUCUUCUGGUUUCAGAUCUACUGCAACUUCGACAUGACAUAUGUCUUCGACUACACGUACAUUCUGAUGUUCAACCUUUUCUUCACGUCGGUGCCGGUCAUCCUUAUGGGCGUGCUGGACCAGGACGUGUCGGAUGCGGUCUCUCUCGCGGUGCCGCAGCUGUAUCGACGAGGCAUCGAGCGGCUCGAGUGGACGCAGAAGAAGUUCUGGCUAUACAUGAUCGAUGGCGUGUACCAGUCGGUUCUCUGCUUCUUCAUUCCCUACCUGACGCUGUCUCGCACGACGUCUGGCGCGUUUAACGGAAUGGACGUGUCGUCCCGUCUGCAGCUGGGUGCCUACAUUGCGCAUCCGACCGUGUUCACGAUCAACAUGUACAUUCUGAUCAACACGUACCGCUGGGACUGGCUGAUGCUGCUGGUUGUGAGCCUGAGUGACCUCUUCGUCUUCUUCUGGACCGGUGUGUACUCGUCCACAUCGUACGCCGAGUACUUUUACAAAACGGCACCGCAGAUUUACGGACAGGCAACGUUUUGGGCGGUGUUUUUCAUCACGCCGAUCAUGUGUCUGUUCCCGCGCUAUGCUCUGAAGGCGGUACAGAAGGUGUACUUCCCGUACGACGUCGAUAUCAUCCGCGAACAGGUGCAGAUGGGCAUGUUCAAGGACGUGGAGCGGACACAUGGCGGCGGCAAGAUGGACGCGACAGAUGCGGCAGAGAAGGCGGUUGAUGGCAGCGCAUCGACCGGUGGCUCCUCGUCCGAAGGAUCGCGCAAGACUAAGAAGCCGACGCAUACGGCAUACGCCAGCGUGGACGAGGACCGACGUCCGAUCUACCCGCCAUCGGUGGCGACGCACAACACGCGGACGCAGAACGGCAGCGACGACACGAACUACAGCGGGCGGCACGGACGGCUGUCGUCAAUCGACGACAUGAGCCCGGCGAUGCCGGUGACGUCCAACGAGCUGGGACGGCAACGGCAGUCGAUCGACCGUGCUCGGCCGUCGUAUGACCGGAUGCGGAUGUCGAUGGACCGGGUGCGGCCCAGCUUCGAGGCCAGCAACGAGUUCACGUCGGCAAAGCGGCUGUCGAUGCUGGAGGGCAGUAUCUCGGCGGGCGGGGACGGCAGCAACAUAGCCAGUGGCAGCGGCACGGCAGCAGGCCGGUUUAUCCAGGGCCGUCUCCGCGGGCUCUCUAUCAAGGGCAAGCAGAGUUGA